ACAGUUGAGUUCAUUCAAUCACGUGGACACGCAGAUGUCCAUUCACAAAAGAUCCAACCAAGCGUCAGCAAAGUGAUGCAUGGCGGGUUUUCAACCAUGUAUAGUUGACAGCUUCGAGAUUGAGCUUGCUCAAAGAAUUAGCUUGGUUGGUUCCUUUUCUGGUUCUUAAUACCUUUUGUCUUUUGCCCAUUUAUGUAGCAGUGAGGUGAUGUUCACUCUCGCUGGUCCAGUAGAAGGCUGGUCCUUUUAGUUGACACAUUGUUAAAAAUAUGGACCAUUAACAGCUUCUGUUGUUUUCUCUGGCUGAGCCUAUUGGUCUAAUCAUGGUAGAUAGGAGGAUGGUGAUUGCUGCAUUUAUUGUGGAAUUUGUUUCCUGGUAAGAUAUGGAAAUUCCAGUCAUUUAUUCAUUGUAAAACAAAGUUUAGUUUGUAAGAAAGUUCAUAAACUGCUCUGAAUUUCUCAGAACUGCAAUCAUGUUAUGCAUGACUUGAAGAGUUGAGGUUGACCUGAUCGCAAUAAAAAACUGCACCAGUAAACACCAUGACAUAAAAGAACAAACAAGAUUGUAUUCAAGGUAAGUCAUCCCUUUGCAGGCAAUAAAUAUCUAACUUUUUAUAUUCUCUUGUGUUGUAUGUAUGAUGUUGACCUUUCUCUCUCAGGAAUCAAAUAACUUCACAAACCUACUCCUAAUCCGUUGCCACUAAGUAUACUGGAGAGGAAGAACAGAACCUGGAAGAGCUAAGGGAACCUGUUUGACAGAGAAGUGUUUACUUGAGUAUGAGGAAAUUUCUUUGUUUAUGAUGAUUGGGAGAUCCAGCAUUGAACAUAAAAUUUUCUCUCUGCUGAGAGCAAAGGCAUCGAAGCAGAAGAAAAUUGUGGUUGGGUUGAAAUCGGAUACUCACAGCAGAGAAAUGCUGCUGCGGGUUCUUCGUACUUUUGUGGAUCCUGGAGAUAUUGUAUUAGCUGUUCAUGUUCAACAUGUAUCUAGUAGUUUUGAUCCAAAUACUUUCCACAUGCAUGCAGAUCUCUGCAAGUCUAAACAGGUUGAUUUCCUUGUUAAGGAAUGUCCUGGAGAAACCUACAUUUCAGGAUUAAGUAAUCAAGUACGAGUCAACUCUGCCACAAUCCUCAUUCUUGGUUGCAGCCUUCCAUGGCCUAACGAGUCGGUAGUCAAGGCUUGCUUAAGAAGGCUGCCACCCACCUGCAACCUCCUGGUAAUGAACAAUGCCGGGAAGGUAAUAUUCCAAAGCCAGGGAACCUCUCAACAGGGAUCCACUUCUCCAGUUCUUAGACCAUCUCCAUCUGAAAACAGUUACUUUCACCAGCCAAAAGCUGGGGCGCACCGCCAGUUGCAAAAGUCUUUCACUGCACCAUCCUCCUCGCAGGAUAAACCAGUUUCCAAAACGACGUUUGAGGUGCCACAGAAGAAGAUUCUCGACAGGCUGGCAUGCUUACAAGCCACACGGUCCAUAAGACGUUUCAGAUGGCAAGAGCUCAACUUUGCUGCUGAUGGUUUUAGCACCCAGCGGUUGAUUGGAACAGGUGGUAAUAGUAAGGUGUAUCAGGCCACACUAGGGGGUAAUGGUCAGGCUGUAGCUAUCAAAGUCCUGAAGAGCAAGGAUUUAGAGGAUCUUCUCCGUGAGGUGGAGGUUUUAUCCGGGUUAAGGCACGAGAACAUAGUGCAGAUAAUUGGUUUCUGUGAUGGUAAGGAGAUCCAUGCAGUGGUCUAUAAUCUGUUGAAGGGAAGUCUCAAACAAAAUUUGAGACAACUCGACUGGAAAGAGCGAAUGGGGGUUGCGAUUGGAGUGGCCAAAGCGCUUGAGUACCUUCAUUGUUCUUUUACCCCUCCCAUAGUUCAUCGAGAUGUGAAGUCAUCCAAUAUUCUACUUUCUGAGAAUAUGCAGCCUCAACUCUCAGAUUUUGGGGCAGCAAUAAGACUGCUCAAGCUUGACCAGAUCCCAGAAAACAGAAAGCCGUGUAGUAUUGUUGGGACAUUUGGCUACUUGGCUCCCGAGUAUGUGAUGUUUGGGAAGGUUGAUGAGAAAGUAGAUGUGUACUCUUAUGGAGUUGUGCUUCUGGAACUCAUCACUGGGAAAGAAGCCAUUCAAACAAACCAGGCGAACAGCGAAAGCUUGGUAUUAUGGGCAAGAUCUCUGUUGAGUUCUGGCUUAUGUGACCGAUUAAUUGAUCCUCACCUAAAUGGAGAUUACAACAAGGAAGAGAUGGAAAUAGUAACGUUUCUUGCUCGGCUCUGCCUCAUUCAUUCUUCUCCUAGGAGACCAUCCAUGAAAAUGGUAUUGAGAUUGUUCAAAGAGCCGGAACACUGGAGAAAGAUGCUGAGGAACAAGGACGAAUUCCUCAAUGAGAGCAGUUCCAAAGGCGAAAUGCAGUUGGAUCCACUGGAUGACCUGGCGGCUAAUGGUAUGCCUGCUACUGAAGACUUGUAUAAUAAAAUAUUGUCUACGGAGCCAUCAGAUUUGUAAGUGUUACCACUGCUUAGAGAUAUUAUUUAACUAAGGAUACUUAAGCAUCUGAUUAUAGAGAAUAAAGCAAGCCUGUAUACUUUCUAAGAAAAGGCAUGUAUACUGUAUAUGAAGCAUGGCUAUGACAGUAGAUCGACUACUUCUUCUUGCUACUUCAUUCGACUUCGUUCCAUCUGCUGAAAAUCACAGAUUUAGUGAAUUUGUGCUAACGCCUGUAACAUGUUUCUCAUAUCACUCGACCUUUGGAAGUUGUUCAACAGAAUGAUGUCAAAUUAUGACCAGCUAUUUUAACUUGGCAUGCCUCUAAUCAUCAGCCACCAUGGCUAAUAGCUCGAACUCUAAAAGUAAAGAGAAUUGGCUCCUAGAGAUAUACAAUGAAGAAGAAGUGGAAAGAGCUUUGCUUUGGAACAUAAAUGCAAUGGGAAAGC